AUAGAGCUAGAGAGUUCGCUCGAUCGAUCUCUUGGUUGAUAAUUAAGAAAGAAAAGAAAAGGAUCAGCAUAUAGAGCUAUAAAGGGAGAGAGAGAAAUGACAGGCAUUUGUGGUGAUAUUAAGAAGGGAAAGAUGCUUACAGUUUUGAGCAUUGAUGGAGGUGGCAUUAGAGGGAUUAUCCCAGGAACUCUUCUGGCGUUUCUCGAGUCAAAACUUCAGGAGUUGGAUGGAGCAGAAGCAAGACUUGCAGACUAUUUCGAUGUAAUCUCAGGGACAAGCACAGGUGGGUUAGUGACCACCAUGCUCACCGCUCCCAACAAGGAAAAUCGACCUUUAUUCGCUGCAAAAGACAUCAACAACUUUUACUUGGAGCAUACACCUAAGAUUUUUCCACAGAAUAGCAGCAAUGAUUUCUUGAGCAUUUUCAAAAACAUUACAAACUUGAUCGACACACUGACUGGGCCUAAAUAUGACGGCAAGUAUCUUCAUACACUUCUGAACAACCUGCUUGGAGACCUUACUCUGGACCAGACCCUGACAAACAUCGUUGUGCCAGCUUUCGAUAUCAAGCUCAUGCAACCUGUCAUCUUCUCUACCAAUGAUGGAAAAGCAAAGGGUUGUAAAAACGCUCGACUUGCAGAUAUAUGCCUCAGUACCUCAGCGGCUCCUACUUAUCUUCCUGCACACAGUUUCAAAACUAGUGAUCGCAAAGGAAACACUCGCAGCUUUGAUCUCAUUGAUGGGGCAGUUGCCGCAAACAAUCCAACAAUGUUGGCCAUAAGCCAGAUGUUGAGAGAAAUGACAAAGAAAAAGCACUCGUUGGGGGAAUUGAUGAAAGGCGAGAAUGAUGAUGAUGUAGUGGGUGCAGAGCAUGGGGCUGGUGCCGGUGCCACGACGAUGGAUGGGAAGAGAAUGCUAGUUCUAUCGUUGGGCACAGGAUCAGCCAAGCGUGAAGAAAAGUACAAUGCAGCCAAGGCAUCCGAAUGGGGCCUCCUCAGUUGGAUUUUCGACAAUGGCAGCACACCCAUCAUCGACAUUUUUGGUGAUGCUAGUUCUGAUAUUGUAGAUCUUCUUGUCUCCACUCACUUUCAGUCUCGUCAUCAUAGAAACAAUUAUCUUCGUAUUCAGGACGAUACAUUGGUUGGAGACGGGUCAUCCGUUGAUAUAGCCACUACUGAGAAUCUUCAAAGACUGGUAGAGAUUGGAAAUAAGCUAUUAGAGAAGCCAAUUUCAAGGGUUGAUUUGGAAACCGGAAAGUAUCAACCUAUUAAAGGAGAGGGCACCAAUGCACAAGCUCUUACUCAUUUUGCAAAACUUCUCUCCCAAGAAAGGAAACUUCGAUUAUCAAGCAAUAAAAAAUGAAUAGAUAAUCAUCUUGAUCAUUAUAAUUAAUUAUUGAUUUCUACUCCUUUUUAAUUAAUUCGUUCUUUUCUCGUUGUAAUAUAUAUAGAAGAAGAAAUAUAUAUGUAGGAAUUCUUUUUA